AUGGGUAGCCAGAAGAAUUACCUUUCGGAUGAUAGCACUGGUGGUGGAUUUGGCGUAUUGUUUAAAUGGACCAAGGAUGCAUUAUUUGGAUCUAGGAUUACACCAAGCAGGAAGUACAAGGAAUUUGCACAAGAUGAUACCAAUUACAAGAUAAAACGUAGUGUUGGUAAGAGUGCUGUUGGUCGUCGAUCGAGGUCUAAUUCGUGGUCAGGUCUCGAUUCUUCUUUUUAUCAGAAAUAUGAUUUAUUGGAAGAUGAAGACGAAGACGAUGAUGAAAAGGUAUUUGGAAUGCCCUCUCAUCUUGUCGGUAGUGGUGGUAGUCGUAGUUGUAAUGGAGAUGAUAUUGUUGGUAAAGCAGUGCCGUUUGGGCUUGAUUCUCAGAGAAGAAAACGAUUGCAGUCUCUGCUGGAUCCAGUAGAUUUGCAUCCUAUGCGUGAAGAUGUGGAUACUUUUGCAAACAAUUUGAAAUUCCACAAUACUAGUAAACUAGAUUCGUUUGACGAUCUCAUGCAAACACCUAGACAGGAUAAAGAGUUUAUUUCUAAAUUGUUUGGGAAGGACACUGGAAACGAACCAGAACCGAUGUCAUACAGGCAAUUUCCUGGGAAAUUCCCAUCUCCUGGGAAAAACCCAACUUCUUCUACUAAGAUCAAACAAGUUGAUCAUACCGAUGAAUAUUUACAAUUGUUAGACAAACUGGAUAAGAAUAGUAAGAUGAUAGAUUCAUUGAACAGAGAAGUGCAAAACAAAAAACAACAGACAAAAUUGCAAGAGUCUAACUAUAAGAAUAAAUAUAUGCAAACGAGGAACGAAUUGAUCAAUGAACUGAGACAUUCCAAAAAAUUAUAUGACAAUUACUACAAACUUUUUCAAAAAUACCAACAAUUGAAGAUAAUAAGCAAAGAGUCCUUAGAAUUACAAAAUAGGAUUCCUACACUCGACGACAGACUUGUCAAUGAAACAUUGGUAAAAGAUAGAAAAAUCAACGAAUUACAAAAACGAAUACAAUCAUUGCAGAUAGCAAAUGAGAACCUAACGACACAAAGAGAAAUCGAUAUUCUAAAGUAUGAAUCAAGGAUCAAAGAAUUAGAAGCAAAAUUGAUUCUACAAAAUGAUGUCCAUUCCCAAUUUCACCAUAGCACUUCCACAUAUAACAACAAUAAUGAAUUCCUGAAUACAGACUACGAUAUAGAUACCUUGGACACAUCCUUCUCGCGGCAUCUCAACAUCAACAAUACCAAUUAUAAGCCAUAG